AUGACCUUCGGCUCUGUUUUGUGUGAAAAGGCGAUCAGAUUUAUUCUGAAUGGAAUCAGACACUAUACACAUCCAGAAAACAUAGUGAAAUGGUGCGAAUUGGCUAAAACUGAAGCCAAUUAUGAUUCUAGUGCAAUCGCAUUUAGCCGUAGAUUAAAGGCAAGGUUGGACAGAAUAGAAGAUCUUCAAGGAUUUACGUUAAUGGAAAAGGUCCGACUCGUUUUCAUUUUCAGUAGGCCAGUGAGCCCUAGGUUCCACCAAAUACUGAAAGAUGCGAAUUGUAUUGUGAAUCUGACCGAUGAGAGAAAGAUUACGUUCUUUUGUUCUCCUGAUGGCAUUGUUCUCAAAUCUGAACAGUCAGUAAAUCAAAAAAAGUAUUUCAAAGGAAAACCGGAGAAUUAUAAAAAGAGAACGGUCGUUAAACCAGCAAUAAGAUCAUCUCAAAGUGUUCGAAAUCCACCGCUUCCUUCGAUUUCUCCGAUUAUUCCGAAUCCACCGGAGGUAGAUGACGUGGAAAUGGGAAACGAAGAAGAGGAGGCAGCUUCAGAGCAGAAACCAGAAAAAUUUGAUGGCUUAACACCGCCAGUGAAUAACGGUUCGAAUUUUCAAAACCAAGAUGCUCGAGCUAGAGAUCGGGUCAAUAGUCAAGCACAGAACUUCGUUCAAAACAACCGAAAUCGUGUGAAAAUGGAAGAUUUUGUGGAAGACAUGCAGCGAGCUCCACAAGAAUGGAAUCCGGAAGAAAAAGUUGAUAUACUGCUAUUGGAAACAAUCAGCCUUCUGAAAUUGGCAGAGCAAAUCGAAACACUUGCUUUUAAUAUUAAUCUAGAGGAAGGGUUUCAACAAAAAGCAUUGCGAGCAGUGCGUCUGUUCAAAGCCAACGAUCAGACGAUUACUAUUCAACAUUUCAAUAUAUUUUUCAACGCGAUUUUGACAAGCUUGAAGGCAGGAAGAAUUCAAAAUGCGACUAGAAAAUCAAUGCAGUUGAGUAGACUAUUCAAGCAUCUCCAGAGAACGUUGAUUCGUCCGAUAGGAGAAGAAUUAAUGGCGGAAGCUCUCGCAAUUCUCGACGAUGAGAUUGAGAUGCUUGGAGAGAGCAAAGACGAGGUUCUAUUAAAAACGGUUCAAAUCAAGCUGGACAGUCUCAUGAAUUUGGCCACCAACAGCUGGGCUGAUUUGUAUGAAUAA